AUGCUUCUUAUGUGCCAUAUUUUUCAGGCCUGCAGUGAGAAUAUCUUCCGUCAGUACGAAGUGACCGGUCACUGGCUAGAGGUUGAGCGUCAGUACUUGGAUGGCCUGAUCAGUGACUGGACAGAGUGGAACGUAGAAUCACACAGCCUGAAUUCGUUGAUCUCUACUCUCGAGCACGAAACUGAUCGUGAGGUCGGCGAGUUGGAUACUUUCGAUGCACAGCAGACGUCGAUCAACGAUCCUGACACGGCUGGCCCUAGCAGCAAGUCUACUAUUUCCGGCUUGGAUGGUCGUAUCUCGCGAAUUCGCGCCCUACAAGAGCGGCUGAACAUGGCAGAAGCCCGUUGGAAGGUAAGCAUUCUUAAACUAGUCACUUGGUCUGGAAACUUAGUCGGGGCGAUAACCUUUGUUUCGCCUCAUCACACUCGUUUAGUGGAACACUUUAAUGCGGACAGAAUAUGUAUUACUUGUGGGGCAUGGUGUGAUUUCGACUUAUAA